AUGAAUAUUUCAAAUUACUUCUGUAAUUAAUGUUAAUUUCCAUGUGCUACUUGCUAAACAUCAAUUAAUAUUUGUUUAACAUGUGCUUCAACAUACACUAUAGAUUCAAGUACUCAUACAUGUUCAUGUUAAAAUAAUCAAUUUGAGGUAAAUAGUACACCUAAAAGAUGUCAAAAUUGUUCAAGUCUAUGUUAGACUUGUACAGUAUCUGCAAAUAAUUGUAGUUCUUGUGUGGAGAAUUAAAAAGAAAUCUAGAUAAUAGCUAAUAUAUCUGUGAUAAUGGGUAUUAUGAAAACACUACUUGUUAACCAUGUUAAUUACCAUGCAUUAACUGUACUUCAUUAUCAGUUAGUAUUUCAUGUAAUGAUUCGACUUAUCAAUCUGGAACAACUUGUCAAUGUCAACCAACUUAUUUUAUGA